AUGAGAGUUGUUUUAGGACGAAAGAGACCAGAAAACGCGGCGCAGCAGACGCAGGAUUUUGCCGAAAACGCUGCCAAAAUGGGCAGAGACUCGUUUUCGCGCUUCAGCAAAACUUCAAAAAGAUUCACAGUCGGAAUAUGGGCGAACGAUAAUAAAGACAAAGAAGUUUUACACCCUCAUGCGGAGCUGUUUAGGAUGAAACUUAUUAGGGACUUCAGAUUGCUAGAAAACUUAACAGAAAUGGAAGCAGACGUAGAAACGCCAAAGUACCACGCAUCAGACAUAACCGACCAGGCAAAACGCUUGAAAUUGCUGCAAGACAACCCGACAGCGCUCGUCAAAUUCAACACCUUCAAUAGGCGCAAGGACAAACAAGAGAACGCGGACCUAAAUCAAGUUCAAAAAAGUCGACUUCAUCGUGUUCGAUUCAAUCUCUCAGCAUUUCCGCCUGUCUCUUACAUCGCGAACGACAUUGCGGAUUCGAGGUUUUUCAAGAAGUUCAUGAAGAUCAUCGUUUAUCUGAGUACAUUGACUCUGAUUUUGAGGACAUCCCUCAUUGUUGAAGCGGAAAGAUCAUUCGAGGUGGCAAAGCCAAAGAGUGUUCCGAUGGACAUCAACUUCUGGUUCUUCAACACGAUCGUGCAUCCAGACUUUCCAUCAACCACCAUCUAUGAUAGAUUUCCUUCCGAAAUGCUUUCGACGAUCAGACUAACGGGCGAACAACAAAGCGAGGAAUAUCCGUAUUCGAAUGACACGGAUUCAAACGGCAAUACGGUUCAUUCCUGCGAUUUCGGACCGGAUGAUGGCUGGCCAUUAUGGGCUUCAAUCUUUACAACAUUCUCUAAAAGUCUGUCAGCUUGGGGCAAUAGCAAUGGUUCCGCCUAUCCUCGAUCUGCAUGCGCACCGAUUAUUGGUAAUAUUCAAAGGGAGAUCUGGGCGCUGUACUACAGCGAUUUCAUCAAAGUGGUCGAAUUGAUCGUCAACUUGAUCUUUACCAUCGAAUUCUUUCUCUACCAAGCCGACGUCAUUCUCGACUGGAACCCGUCGCGCUACUGGGGAAAUGCUUUCAAUCAGAUGGAAUUCGCCAUUGUCGUCACUUGCUGGGUCUCUUAUGCGAUGGAUUACUUUGCAACUUCGUAUUUCUUUCAAUCUUUCUUCCAUCAAAGCCAUAUUGGAACCUUCGAAAACAUAUGCGGCGAGAACAACGACUUUCAAGCUACAUUUUCUGAAGGAUCUGGCUCGUUCACUUACGAUCUCUCAGAACUCUGCCGCAAAGCCCGCGAAGAGCGAGACACGCCCGUCUACUCCGCCACAAAUCCAUUCUCAACGAUCCUCUACACGAUUUUCAACCGACAAGAGGAGCAUAAAAAGAUUCAAGAGCGAUUCACAGGGUCUGCAAAUGGACGAUAUUGCGAUGGAAUGAAGAAAUGGGGCUUGGAAUCGGAAAACGGCUGGUUCUAUACGUACCUUUGCGAGCACUCUGACCCCUAUGAAAAUAAUUUCAUGGGAUUCAUCGGCUACUACGGCUUGACUUCGAUUAUCAAGAGCUUCCGUUUCAUCAAAAUCGUUUUCUUGGACACUCAAGUUAGACAGAUUCUCAUGGGUCUCCGAAAAGCCUUCAAACAGAUGAAGAUUAUCAUCCUCCUAAUGGGUCUUCUUUUGGUCUUCUUUAUCUUCUUGUUCACCAGCUUUUUUGAAGUCCGCAACAACAAGCUUCAGAACAAAUGGACAUAUGAAGAUUUCUCCGCUGACGCUAUUCGAUAUCAGCAGCUAAAACCGGGUGAGGAUGAUGGUUUUGUCGUCUUCAGCGGUUUUAUUGAUAUCUACUGGACUUUCGCGACGCUUUUUCAAAUCCUCACUCUCGAUCAAUGGUCAGAAACCUUCGACAAGAUCCAGCGCGGCCAGCUCGAGCACAUUUACGACAACCAAACCUCUUUCUGCGACCUUCAUUCCUUCCGAUCCCUGACUGGCUACAAAGAACGAUACGCAAGUGAGCAGUACGAUUGGGGAAUGAGCGAAAUCACGAGCUACAUUUUUGCCAUCGCUCUUCCUCUGAUGUGGCUUUGGCUUGCAAAUGUUACUUUCAAGAACUUGAUCACUGGCAUUAUUGUCAACUCGUUCCUUGAAGACUCGAAUGAAAAGCGAUACGAUCAGACGGAAGAAAUUAUUGAAAACGAAGUCAAAGAGCUGGAAAAAGAACUGGCCGGCGAGUCGCAUGAAAUGAGCGAGAACUUGUGGCAGAACUGCUCCAUCAAAGGCAUUUUCGGACUCAUCAAAAUUGGGUUCAAGAAGAUCUGGAACGCGCUGAUCAAUUGCUGCAAAAAGAAAGAAAAGGUCGAAGACAGGAUUCCUGAUGCUUUUGGACAUCAUAUUCGAUCGUUUGGAGGAAUGACGCUAGAUAUUGAAGCAGCUUCGGAGUCGACGCUUUUGAGAAGUGAUGCGGAUAUGCCAAGCCACACGCAAUACACUUUCGACUCUCACGAGCCGGACGAUUCUGAUGAUGAAAAUUUCCUCUCGCUCCGAAAGAGUCGCGAAGACGGGCAAGGCAACAGAUCCGCCAUUGCAUCGUCUCACAUGAUGAAGCACCCAGCGAUUACAAACAGCCAUCUUGCCCAAAUGAUCCAGCGCCGAAAAAGUCUGAUGAGCCACGCAUCAAAACAAAGUUACGAAUCUUCUUCCUCUCUCGAUCCUUAUUCGAAACAUUCUCUGUUCUCGAAAGGAUCGGGUGGCAAAAUUUCCGGCAAAAGAAGUGGCGACUCGCAUGCAAAAAUAUUUCCAAGCGAUCUACUCAAUCCUGAGAAAAACCUCAGCAAUAACGAGUCAUUCCUUACCGAAACGAGUCGAUCUACUCAAAAAAGUCAUACUACUGGCCAGGGAGAUAAUCCAGAUGAAGUCGAACACGCCAACUGGGAGAUUUUGAUUCAGAUUCACGAAGACAGGAUCAGCGGAACACCACGAGAUACGCUCUGGCCACAAGACUCGCUCUUUGUCUACCUUGAAUUGAUGGAAAAGCUUCAAGAGAAUCUUCAAGAAAGAGCUGAAAUCAUGCGAAUCUUUUCCACUCUUGUCGUCGACGGAAAUGAUACAAGCUAA